CCCGCCGCUCCGCCUGAGGGCCCGAGACCUGGCCCGAGACCUGUCGCUCCGCCUGGGGGUCCGGCGCCUGCCGCUCCGCCUGAGGGCCCGAGACCUGUCGCUCCGCCUGGGGGUCCGGCGCCCGCCGCUCCGCCUGAGGGCCCGAGACCUGUCGCUCCAUCUGGAGGUCCGGCGCCCGCCGCCCCGCCCUGGGGGCACGAUGCCUGUCGCCCCGCCUGGGGGCACGAUGCCCGUCGCCCCGCCUGGGGGCACGAUGCCCGUCGCCCCGCCUGGGGGCCCGAUGCCCGUCGCCCCUCCUGGGGGCCGAUGCCCGUCGCCCCUCCUGGGGGCCCGAUGCCCGUCGCCCCGCCCGGGGGCACGAUGCCCGUCGCCCCGCCCGGGGGCACGAUGCCCGUCGCCCCGCCCGGGGGCCCGGUGCCCGUCGCCCCGCCCGGGGGCCCGGUGCCUGCUGCUCCCGCCCGGGGGCCCGGUUCCUGCUGCUCCGCCCGGGGGCCCGGUGCCUGCUGCUCCGCCCGGGGGCCCGGUGCCUGUCGCCCCGCCCGGGGGCCCGGUGCCUGCUGCUCCGCCCGGGGGCCCGGUGCCUGUCGCCCCGCCCGGGGGCCCGGUGCCUGUCGCCCCGCCCGGGGGCCCGGUGCCUGUCGCCCCGCCCGGGGGCCCGGUGCCUGCUGCUCCGCCCGGGGGCCCGGUGCCUGC